UACAUAACAAGAAUCAUCAACUUCCGGUUCUUAGCUCAUGACUCACAGAUUCAUUCAAAAUGGCAGAAACAUCGAACCUCGAUAGAUGGAUAGAGAUUGCGAAGCAGUGCAAAUAUCUUCCAGAAAAUGACUUGAAGAAAUUAUGUGACUUGGUGUGUGACCUGCAGUUAGAAGAAUGCAACGUUCAGCCGGUAUCAACUCCAGUGACAGUGUGUGGAGAUAUACAUGGCCAGUUUUAUGACUUGGAAGAGCUGUUCAGGACAGGAGGUCAGAUCCCAGAUACAAGCUACAUUUUUAUGGGAGACUUUGUAGACAGAGGGUACUACAGCUUAGAGACAUUCACCCGGUUACUCACACUCAAAGCUAAGUUCCCGGACCGUAUUGUUCUGCUACGUGGGAACCACGAGAGCAGACAAAUUACACAGGUCUAUGGAUUCUAUGACGAAUGUCAGACGAAAUACGGCAAUGCCAAUGCAUGGAGAUACUGUACCAAAGUCUUUGAUCUUCUUACCAUUGCUGCAAUCAUAGAUGAACAGGUUCUAUGUGUGCACGGAGGCCUGUCACCAGACGUCAAAACCAUCGAUCAGAUCAGAAUGAUAGAACGUGCCCAGGAAAUACCACACAAAGGAGCAUUUUGUGAUCUCGUCUGGUCGGACCCUGACAACGUGGAAACAUGGGCCAUCAGUCCGAGGGGAGCAGGCUGGCUGUUUGGGUCAAAGGUCACUAAUGAGUUUGUUCACAUCAACAACCUGAAGCUAAUAUGCAGAGCUCACCAGCUGGUGCAAGAAGGAUACAAGUACAUGUUUGACGAUAAGCUAGUAACGGUGUGGAGCGCCCCCAACUACUGCUACCGUUGUGGAAACAUCGCCUCGAUACUCGCAUUCAACGACGCCACGACCCGAGAGGCUAAACUAUUCCGCAACGUUCCAGACAGCGAACGCGUGAUUCCAGCCAGGACGACAACUCCAUAUUUCCUCUGAUUCUCCACAUUUUGUCCAUCCUAUAAAGACUGUUCGACCCAGAGAAAGUGGCAUAAUUGAUUAGGAUUAUUAAAACAAUCCUAUCUGCACCUGUUGCCAUGGAUCGGCCUAAUGUACAGUCAAACCUGUCUAUUAAGGCCACCCAAGGGAGGUGGGAAUACUGGCCGCUAUAACAGGUCUAUAACACACAUUUCUUCUUAGAGGUAGACAAAGGUGACCGCUGUAGACAGGUGGUCGUUAUGGACAGGUGGCUACUAAGACAGGUUUGACUGUAUUUUCAUUUUCAAUCCCAUCCAGCUAAUCUAGUAAAAAAAAAAAAAUGCACUAUGAAGUCACUGUUUUAUGGUCAAUAUGAAGGACAUCUAUAUUCUGGUCCUCUAGAAGCAAGAUAUUGAUCUUAUUAAAAAUCAUGCGUAUAUUGUCAUGUGAGAAAUCUAGAUACAAGAAGCACGAUGGUUAUUGCUAUUUUGGAAAUAAACUAGCUUGUUAAUGGCUGGAUGAAAUCAAAGAGCCAAUCUUUGUAUUUAAAAAAAAGAUGUAAAUCUUAUUCAUAUAUCCUUGCAAUAAAUUGAAUCUUUCUCACGUUGCACUCACAAAAAUCUGGUUUUAAGCUACGUACCUAACUUAUAAAGAACAUCAUACUAUUAUCCAUGUAUUUAUUGUUCAGUUGUUCCCAUGAUCCACGCCUUUAAUUUACAUGUAACCGUAUUUCUACUUGAUGCAUAUUUACCGUUUCUGUAUUUUCAACAUUAUUUUACCAUUUUUACAGCCAGAUUUGAGUGACUAACAAUAACAAGAAAUUGAUGAAUACGCUCUUAAAUUAUGACAAUAUUAUUCAUGGCUCUCCCAUUAAACAUGGUCUGGAUCACCUCACCUCUGAGUCAUGAUUGUGAAUUGACGGCUGGAAUAUUCAAAGAUAUGUACCGGUAGUCACCCUGACAUUUUCUCUUUUGCAUUAUAAACAACAUGUACGGAAGAUAGGGAAGAGAUAUCAAGAUGUAUAAUUAUAUUUUACAAGUAUUUUGUAAAUUAUUGUAAAUAAUAUUGUGUAGUGCAUGUUCAUACAUUAGACAUUAGGUAUGGGAUGAGAUAGGAUCCAGUAUGUGGAUGUGUGCACAAUGUACAGUAUGAGGAUAAGAGAUAUGGGGGUGUUUUCACAAAAAUCUUAAAGUUGAACUUAUCUCUAAGUUGGACUUAAACAUUAUGGAGAGCAAUUUGUAGCCUUAACAAAGAUAUAUUCAAUAGCAAAAAUUCAAGUAUUUUAGAAUUUUUAUAAACUUCACAUCAAGAACGUGAAAUCUCCUUUAUAAUAGAAAAUAUGAAUGAUUUAAAUCAACAUUUUAUGCCUUUUAAAACGGUAGAUUUUAUGAAAUAUUUUCAAAAAUGCUAACAGCUUUCCAUAAUUGUUAAAUCCAACUCGGAGAUAAGUUCAGCUUAGGAUCUUUGGGAAAUACCACCCAGGUUUUGUUAUUAGGAAAAUUUGACAAAUAGGAAUGGAAAUAUUACUACCUACUUGAUAAUAAAAAUAGGCAAACACAGGUUUCAUAUAUUGAUCACAUUUAAUUGUCUUAGAAGUCCCAUUACAUCAAACUCAGGAACAACUAACUUGCAUUACUCUAACCAUCCUAACACUUUGUGUGAUAAGUCUUCAAAUUCAGUAAACAGAAUUUAUUUUAAAGCAAAUUCAAUGUCUUUUUCAUGCCUUUUUAACAUUAUUUGCUCUUUAUAUUUUCUUAUUGUUUUAAUUUUAAUAUUUGUUUCUUUUCCGAUGUUUGUGUCACUGUAUUUUUGUGUGAUUUUUAUGAUGCAGAGAUGAUGAGGGCCAUUUCAAAGUGUUUGAUUUCUAAUGAAAUCAGUAUUUUCAUCAAGCAUGCGUCACUGACAUUUUUAAUACCCGUUCAUAUCAUUUCAUACAUAUAAGAGAAAUGAAAACAGCUGAAUGGAAAUGAUAUCACUAGGCAAGCAUUCUGAUUUUUGUUUUUAAACCGAUUUCAAAUUUGCCACCGUGUUGCCAAUUUGAAGAAUGUAGUAUUUAUUUAUACUUUUAAAAUUCCUGAUCUGAAAGGACAUUUGUCGAAGCAACAGAAUUGGACCCAUAGUUUGCCUGAAUUUCAAGAAGAAUUUGUUCUUGAAUGAGAUAUUAUCUUAGAGAUUGUUGUUGUCUGACACAUGUUUCUUUCAUACUGGAAUAUUUUUCUUUGUUUACUAAACAUUAAGUUGCAUGAUAUGUAAUUAAAAACCAAAGAUUCUCGUGUUCAGUCUCAAUUUGCAUGAGAAAGUUUGAUCCAGAAGAAGUGUAUACGUGUAGUUCAUCUUCAUCUCAAUUUAGCCAUUCAGUUUUCAUUCGCUUGUGAUAUACACCUAUGUUCGUUUGUGUUUAGAUGUGAUGAUUUUUUUUAUAUACAAUUUAUAGUCCAGAGUUGUAACAGAAAUUUCCUGGGCCAACUCCUAUAUAAAAAAAAAUUCAUGCCACAUCCCUUAAUUUUGUCUUCUAAAUCUAGAAUAUGUCCCUUCACUCCCUUGCAUAGUUGAAUUGUACAUGGGCUUUGUCAAUCUUGUAGUCUGUCAACAGGCUUACAAUGUGACUGAGAAUAAAGGAGGGGUUCAUUUUGUUAAGAUGGGGAAGAGAUAUCUUCACAAUUUCUGUAUUAUUCAAAGAUGGGGAUUUGAUUAAAAUUUCAUAUGGAUAUAUCUCUAUGCAGUGUAGCGUUGUAUAUUAUCUGGUGAGAAAAAGUGUAUAAAUAUAUGAAUAAACCUGAAGAAAAAAAAA